UAAAAUAAUAUUUUUUCUCGCCUCCCACGGUAUACAGCGGACCUUUCGUGAUCCUACUGAAAAACUCCUUGGGCCUUGGGAAUUCCAUGAAACCGUAAGGCCCGAGCCCAUUUUGAAACCUCCCGGAGAGCAGGGUUUGGCGAUUCCCUCUGUUUUCUCCUUAUUGUCUAUAAGCAAACUUUGAAACCCAGAGAAAACCUUAGAAAUGGAAGCCGAUCAAACGGUUCUUUGCCAAUUGCUUGCCGUCGACCUCAGCGACUAUUGCUACAGAGUUUGCUCUCGCUGCGAGAGGGUCCUUCCCGGAGAUAAUAGCAAAUGCGUCUUCUCUUCUGCUUCCUCGUUAUGCAAAUUCUGCCAAUCAAACGAACCCAAGCUGCUCUACCGUGUUCUCAUGUCUGUAGUAACAGAUACAUCAGUUAAAACUGUCAUCUGUUUUGAUAGAGCUGCUACUGUCCUCUUCGGUUGCUCAGCUGAUGAGUUCUUCCACUUCACCAAACUCAAUCCUAAAGCCGCAUCUAUGGUUAAUCAGGUCUUUGAUGGAGAGAUGCUUCGGAUGACGCUGACUCGGCCUAAAAACCUUAAUGCCCAACACAUGAGAGUGACUUCUGUUGUUCCCCUAAGAUCAGGUUUUCAGCCUGCUAUUGUUACGCUGAGACAGCUCUGCUGUACAAAAAGUGCUUCUUUGGGGGAUUGUUCUAUAACAAAUAACAGUUUCUAAUGUUGGAGUCGAACAUUACAUGGAUGACUGCAACAAUCACAAGUUGUAAAACUUGUUUGCUUUUGAUUUGUGUCGGUGAAGUAGUCUGAUUCUUUUUUAAAAGUUCCUCCUCGGCUAAAGCAAGUGUGAUGUGAUUAAGUUCCAUUUGGGUGGUCAAGAAAAUGACUAACUCAAAGUAAAAGCCUCUACAUGAUGAGUGUUUUAAGAUUGACGAGUUCUUGUAAGAGGAAAGUUAUCACAUUUAUUGUAACUUCUUGAAGCUCAAGACUCAUAUAGCGAAUUAGCUAGACACAACCUCCCACUCGAGAGGUAGGUUCUAACACAUCUGUAUAUAUAUACAAACUGGUAAAACUUGGUGUGAGUUCUUUUCUCCAGUAA